AUGAUUUGUGGAACAAUUUCUGACAAAAUGUGGAUGCCUCACAAACAUGUAUUGGCUCAUAUGCCUGUUAAUGUUAUGGCUUUGGAAGCAUUGGGAAGUAUGUCUGAAAAGUUUCCAGCUUUGGCAAAUACAUUAAUUAUUAGUUUAUUGUGUAAAUUUUUAUUGGAACCUUGUCCAAUUCUUCUAAAAAUUUCAUCUGAACCAAAAUCAAAGAAUGAUCAACAACAAGAAUCUCGAGGACGAGCUGAAAUAAUUGCUGCAAGAAAAAGAAUUGGUCUUUCUAGCCUUCGCUCUUCUGCAAUUAAUUCACUUUCACGUGCUUUAAAAUCUGCCAUGACAAUUGAUAAAAAUAGAUUACAAGCUUGUUUUACAACUUUAUCUUCACGUCUUUAUACUAUUUUGUCUGAAAAUGACAGGAAUUCUGUUUUAAUUUCUGAGAAUGUUAUUAGUACAUUGGGAAAAUUGGGUGUUUCUUUUAUGGAUGAUCCAACAUCUUCUGAGCAAAUAUUCCAGAUUUUUUACCAACGCUUUUCGAAUCCACCUUCUCAAUUGGAUAAUCAUAUUAUUUCUGCUUUGGCAGAUAUGUGGAUUUCUGGAACGAAGAUUAUUUAUGAUAAAAUAAUGAAAUUAUUUACGUUAGUAACAAUUGAAUCAAGUAGCCGUGUUUAUUCAACAGAUCCAACCUCUAGCAGAUUCUCGUAUUUCUUUUUUAUAAAAAUUUUUUUAUUUAUGGUUUUAAGUCAUGUUACACUUUCUGUUGAUAAUGCUUUGGCAAGAAUUGCAUGUUCAAUUGAAUCUGAAGAACAGAAAAUGACUUUCCUAAUAAACUUACUUGAGCUUUUUAUUCAAUUGGGACUUGAAGGAGAACGUAUUGGAGAAAAAAUGCAUAAAUUCACUGUUAAGAAAUCUGCUGGCGCAGGCAAUUUGGGUGUUCUUAUUCCUAAAAUUAAUUCUUUAUUGGAUCGAAUGGAACCGAUAAAAGACCCUUCAAUUCGGCUGAAAAAUCAUUUUAGAGAUUUUUGGUUUUAUUGUGUAAUUCAUGGUUUUGCAUUUCCUUCAGGAUUAUGGCCAGAAGAAUGGUAUAAAGCUAUUUGUAAAAUUGCUGUUAAAUCACCAACUCUUUUACCUAUUGAUAAUUUUAAAACUGAAAUGAUUGAAAAUACAGCAAUAAAAUUACAAGGAAUUACACAGGCAGAACUUUUAGAAGUCCGUAAUUUACUCUCAACAGAAUUUAAACAAAAUGCAGAAGUUUCAACAAUUAUUUCAAGACUUGAUAUUGGUUAUUGUGUUUAUUUAUUAGCUAUUUGUCGUCUCGAGAAAAUGCGUGUAAGCAAUUCGGAACAGUUGGAUUCUAUUAGAUCUAAUUUUCUUUAUCUUGAAAACAGGGGCGUAAGAAAAGACAAAACAGGCAUUUGGCAAUGUCUUUUGGCUAGUUCUAUAAUUAUUUUUGACGAAUUUCUUUCAGUAAGAAUGAGAAAAAAUUCAACAAAUGAUUCAAAAAUAAGAAAAGAAUUGGAGGUUAUGUCACAAUAUUUACUUGUUCAAUUUAACAAUAUUUUGCGAGAAAUUAGACGAGUUGCCGAUGUUUGUUUGGCAAAAUUAAUUGAUUCAUUUCCUUUUCUUCUCUGGAGUGGAACUGUUUUGACUACAGCUCUACAAAUAAUGAAAUCUUUAAUUAAAAAUAUUGAGGAAGAUGCUUGUUGUACACAAUCUACUAUUGAAUUUCCGCAAAUGGGUUUAUCAAUACAGUUACAGGAUUUUACUAAAAGGUGUGAACAAAUACUAUGUGAAGCAGUUAAAUGGGCUCCAGGACUAACAAAUAGCCAUUUACUGGAGUUUAUACGCUCUGCUGAUUCAAUUACUGACAAAAGCCUUCGUCUUACAAUCAACACUGUUUUGGCUUGUACUAAACGUGAAAUGAUUAAUUCUCUUUUUGUUGGAGGCACAACAUCAUCAGCAAUGUUUACUACAACAUCAACAACUAAUACUGAUUCUGUAUCUAUUGGAAGCAUUAUGAUAAGCACUGAUAAUCUUGUAAGUAGCGGCCCAGUUGAUAUUUCAACAUAUUUGUCUGCUUUAAAUCAACGUUCCGAUUAUUUGGGUCAAAUUAAAGGAAUGUUUGAAAUGAUGAAGAAACAAAAUUAUAUCUAUAAUCCAGACAUUUGUGUUGAUAUUGAAGAAGCUACUCAUAAAUCACUUUCUGAUUAUCUUGAAGAACAAUUUGAAACAGCUUUAAAAACGAAUGAACAAAAUUGUUUAGAAAAACCUUUACAAUUAAUGACUGCUUAUUUUAUGGUUUGUAAAGAAAUUAAUCAAAAAAUACUUCGUUCAAUUAUUCUUGCACCUUUUCGACAGUUCACAGAACAAACUAUGCGUCUUUGUGUAAUAUGUUGGAAUUGGAUAUUAGCUACUAGAGAGGAUAUACAAAUUGAUUUUCUUCAACAAAUGUCAACCUGUUGGGAGCUUGUUGCUAAACGUUCUAUGGGAAUCUUCAAUCGUGAUUUUGAUAAAUUUGAUAGUCCAGUUUCUAUAGAAAAUGCUUUAAGGAGGCCACAUGCAGAUACAGGACCGCAUAAUAUUUGGAUUAAUUUUUUAACUGAACGAGUUAGUCUGGCAAAAUAUUGUGGACAAGAGCAGAAUGAUCUUUUAGAAAUGAUGUUUCUGAAAACUUUUUCAAUGCAAGUUGGUGAUAAUUCCCCAGUACCAAAUUUAGCUAUCGACAAAAUUAUGUUUUCAUCAUCUUUUGACGCGAAGACUAAAACACCACUUAUUUCAAGAAAUAUCAGUGCUUUGGGUCCUCGAUUCCGCUUACUUUCAGCAGCCCUUACAAUGGUUCAAGGUGAAGCUGGUGGAUCGAGAAUUUCUAAAAAUGUUCUUCGACAACGAAUAUAUUCCGUUGCUUUUGACUAUUUUACUGUUGCACCUCAAACGCCUUUACAUAGAGGGCAUAUUCUUCAAAAUGAUAUAACAAGUCUUGUUGGUUUUUGGCAGGCUUUGUAUGCUGAUUCAAAAUAUAUUAGAAGAGAAACAUUUACAACAAAUGAUCCUGAAUUAAGUUUUACAAAUCUACAGCAAAUAGUUAAUAAUGUUCAAUAUUCAAAUGAGGCUUCCAAAUUCCAAACGUGGAAUUCUAUGCCUCGUGCCUCUUCUGUUUGGUCAAAUGCUGCAACAAUUUCUGAAAGUCGUAAUCAUGCAGCUGGAGUGGCUGUUUCUUCUAAUGCAGAUUCUCUUGGCAGACCACAGAGUAAAACUAACGGUGAAAUUGCACAACUAAUUGAUAAACAAAUGAAAAAUCUUUUGAGAAAACGGCAGCUUAUUUUGAUAUAUUUGAUUAAUGAAAUUGAGAGAUUAUAUGCUUGGUUAUAUCCUCGCGGAGAUUUAUUAGAACCUGGAGAAGUGGAAUUUGAUCAAUAUUUGAAGAAUACUUUAGGUGGUGAGCUUCAAUCUAAACCUGAUCAAAAACAAAUGAGAGAAAAUGCCAAAUUUGCAUGGGAGAUUUCACCUGAAAUGGCUGUUCAUAUGGCUUCAAGGUUUCGAAUGUAUUCUAUCGUCAACAUUGUUUUACAAGAAUUGGUUCGAGCAUAUCCAGAGGAAGUUUCACAUAUGCCAGAAGCUUUGCCUCUGUUUCUUGGGGAUCCACUUACAAACUAUGAAAGAAUUGAGUUAACUCAUCUUUUGACAUGGGCUCGUUGUUCUCCGGUACAAGCUCUUUCUCUUCUCUGCCCUCGUAUUCAUAGUAUACACCCAAUUAGUAUUAAAUAUGCUGUUAGAGUUUUAAAAUCUUAUUCAUGUGAUGUACUUAUUCAAUAUAUACCUCAACUUGUACAAACAGUUAGAUGGGAUUAUAAUGGUUUUAUUGCAAAUUUCAUUCUUCAUCUAGCAGCACAUUCUCAACCUUUAGCUCACCAACUUUUGUGGAACAUGCAUUCGAAUAUGUAUAUAGAUGAAGAAGCAAAAGUAGAAGAUCCAAUUAUGUAUAAACCACUCAAAGAAAUUGUUAAUAAGAUUUUGAGUCGUUUGGAAGGAGCAGCACGUAACUUUUACUUGAGUGAAUCUGAUUUUGUUGAUCGAAUAACAAACAUUUCUGGAAUUAUAAAAUCUGUUCCAAAAGGAGAAGCUCGCAAAAAGGCUUGUUUUAAAGCAUUGACAGAAAUUAAGCUUACAUCAAUUGUGUACUUACCAUCAAAUCCAGAUUAUAUUUUGCUUGAAAUUGAUUAUCCUUCUGCAAGUCCAAUGCAAAGUGCUGCAAAGGCUCCUUAUCUAGUUCAAUUUAAAAUGCGAUAUUGUGGUGUUGAAUCUGUUGAACGGAUUGCUUUAGAAACAUAUCAACAAACUACACCAGAACAUGUAACAACAAACAGCAAAGGACAUCAUCGAAAAUCAUCAAAAACCAAAAAUCUUCUAAAUUUUUCACCUUCUCAUUCAUCUACAAAAAAUGAUUCAAAUAACUCUAUAUUAGAAGCUUCUCCAAUAUUGACAACUUUAUCUAAAGAAAAUUUUGUAAUUGAUGGAGUUUCAUCACCUUGUAACACAAAAUCGAUUACAAUGAAAUCAGCAAUAUUUAAAGUUGGUGAUGAUGUUCGUCAAGAUGUUUUGGCACUCCAAUUAAUGCAACUUAUUGAGAAAAUUUGUAGAACUGCAAGCAUAGAUAUUCAAUUAUUUCCAUAUAGAGUAGUUUCUACAAAUCCUGGAUGUGGUGUGAUUGAAUGUGUUCCUGAUUCUAAGUCUAGAGACCAGCUUGGCAGACAAACGGAUUAUGGUUUAUUUGAGUAUUUUGUCACUAAAUAUGGAGAUGAAACUACCAAAGGAUUUCAACAUGCGAGGAGGAAUUUCAUUAAAAGUAUGGCCGCAUAUAGCGUGUUUAGUUUUCUCCUCCAAGUAAAAGACAGACAUAAUGGCAAUAUUAUGUUGAAUUCUGGUGGAUCAAUCAUUCACAUUGAUUUUGGAUUUAUGUUUGAAAGUAGUCCUGGUGGUAAUUUAGGAUUUGAACCUGAUUUCAAAUUGUCACAAGAAAUGGUUGAUAUAAUGGGCCACAGAACGGACUCUGGUCCUUUUCGAGAAUUUGCUGACAAAUGUGUUCAAGUUUAUUUGGCAACACGUCCUUAUUAUAAUGAUUUUAUUGCUCUUGUUUCAAUGAUGUUAGAUACAAAAUUGCCUUGUUUUAGAGGAAAAACAAUUCAACAACUUCGAAGCAGAUUUGCACCUGAAGCCACUGACAGAGAGGCUGCAAAAUAUAUGAUGAGUAUAAUAAAUAGUUGUUACACAAAUGUUAGGUCAAAAAUGUAUGAUCAAAUUCAAUUUCUUCAAAAUGACAUUCCUUAUUAA